AAAGCAGCGGCUGCCGAUCUGAAAAAUCAUUCCCGCAACACACAUCCACCGAAGAUCAUCAGCUCUUCCAUUCAUUUUUAAACAAUAACAAUGAAAUCGUUCGUGGUUCUGUCUGUCCUGGCCGCUGUGGCUUGCGCCGCUCCUCAGUUCCAGUACCAGCCGCAGUCUCAGUACCAACAAGGACAACAAAUUCCCAUCGUCAAACAGUCACAGGAAAUUAAUUUCGACGGUUCCUAUCAAUACAACUAUGAAACUGGAAAUGGCAUCGCAGCUAAUGAGCAAGGAUACCUGAAGAACGCUGGCAACAAGGACGCCGAGGCUCAGGUUGCUCAAGGCUCCUUCACAUACACUUCUCCCGAAGGAAUUCCCAUCUCUGUCAGCUACAUCGCUGAUGAGAACGGUUUCCACGCUGAGGGUGCCCAUAUCCCCACCCCUCCCCCAAUCCCAGAGGCCAUCGCCCGCGCUCUCCAGUACAUCGAGUCCCACCCCCAGCAACCCCAGCAGGCGUUCCAAGCCCAGCCCUUCCGCGGCUAAGGACCCAACAUUUUAAUGUCCCAGCCACAAAAAAACCCACGACACUGCCAAUAAGGGAAACAUUGAACUGAUGUAAAUGAAUACUUAGUAUAAGUAUCAUAACAACUUUGUUACCUACUGUGAUUUUUAUAUUAUAAGAAUAUUAAGAGAUUAAUAAAAAAAACAAGUUUA